AUGACAAUGACUACAAUUCCAGAAAGUCUUAAUAGCCCUGCCUCAGGAAAAACCGUUUUCAUGGAGUUUGGACCCUCGAGUCAACAAAUGUCGCCUUCCUCCAUGUCUCACGGACACUAUCCCAUGCACUGUUUACAUUCUGCAGGUCAUACGCAGCACGACAGCUACAGCCCAGCCUCGUCGUUCCCCAGAUCUUUGGGUUAUCCAUACGUGAACUCCGUCGGCAGCCAUUCCACCAGUCCAUAUCUCAGCACAGUACAGACCUACCAAAACAGCUCGGCGCUCACACAGACGCGGUUAGAGGAUGCAGCGCCAGAAGCAGAGAAAAACACAGUGGUCGAAGGCGGAGAGGUGCGAUUCAACGGGAAAGGGAAAAAGAUUAGAAAACCAAGGACUAUCUAUUCGAGUUUACAACUUCAAGCUCUGAACAGGAGAUUUCAACAAACUCAAUAUUUGGCGUUACCGGAGAGAGCUGAGCUGGCAGCGUCGCUUGGUCUCACCCAGACACAGGUGAAGAUUUGGUUUCAGAAUAAAAGGUCUAAAUUCAAGAAACUGAUGAAGCAAGGCGGUGGCACAAUUGACGCCAAUGCUUUGGCCACUGGCCGCGGACUGUCGAGCGGUUCUCCCUCGGUGGCACCUGUCUGGAGCUCGCCGACCACCGUGAAGACUUCAGUGGGGACAACCGGAUCUUACAUUCCCAGCUACACCUCAUGGUAUCCAACCACACACCAAGAGUCUAUGCAACAGUCACAGCUCAUGUGAACAGAGACCUCAGCCCUCGACUCUGCCAUGGCUCGUGUAUCAGGAUGUUGAAGGGGGCCUGCAGCCGCUCAGCGCGGCCCAGCACUGAUAACACACAACAACGAGAACCCCGGAGUGAGUCUGCUGCCGCACGCCGCCAGCUGACACAGUGGCCUCCUCACGCAAGGAUGACGGCAAGCAAGGGAUUGAAAGACUGACAAGGCACGCAAUGCGCCCAAGGGCAACAAGUCCAUGACAGUCAGCGGAAACCGUCGACAAAUGGAUCCUUUUAUUGGCUGCUGUUUAUCACUUUUGUGUCAGUUUCUAUUAUUAUUAUUAUUAUUAUUUUUAAAUCAUAUUUGUGUGAGUUAUUCUGUUUAUAAGAAAACACGUGUUUGUUUACACCAGAUGUCGGGCCCAAUGUGAUGAUGACCCAAAAAUCAAUCUGCAUUCAUUAACAGUUAAUGGUCGAUUAGGCCAUAGGGGUGUCUCUUUAACCAAAUAAUAACGAUUCAUAAAUCCCACUAGCAACCACCAGGCCAUUAUGCUUACAGUACAUUCAACCAGAGCAUAUUGUGCGAAGCCUCAACUUACUACUAUGUUGUUUAUAUGUGUUUGUUAUUUAAGUUAAAUUAUUCUGAUGAGUUGUUUUCUUUCUGUUGAGGUCGGUCUGUGUUCACUUUGUAAGUGUGUUUGAAAUAACAACACUGUGUUGUUAAUGCUGCACUAACGCAAGCAAAGCUUUUCUAUGCCGUGCCCCCCGAUGUUAUGUGAAAAAUGUAAAAGGCCUGACAAUUUUGCUGCUUUAGAAAAAAAAAAUAUCCCGAGGGUGAGCAGCUCAUUUUGUCACUGUAUUUUGUACAUAAUUUUCAGAUUUGUUUUUGUGCUGUACUGGAUACGCUGUGAAACAGGGUUUUAGGCUUUCUGUAUUCGUCGAGAUGUGUUUAGUCAACAUAGAAAAUAUUUAGUUUUGUAUUGAUCACUUUAAUUUAUUUAUCUGUUU